UGCUGGCUCAAAUUCACCAAUAUGGUUUGAGUAAUUUUUGGUGUAAUACCAUUUUAUACCAAAAGAUGGCAGUAGUGGCGCAUGAGAGAGAAACGGACUUCCAAGCCUUAUGCAGAAGAAGCUGAUUUAAAACGUAGCACAUUACACUGAUAGUCAGCAGCGCAGUGCAGCCAGCCACUAAAGAGUAUGUUUUCUGUUUUCACAGAGUCACUCUCAACAGAUUUCCUUCUUCCCUCACAGCCAGGGGCAGUUUGUCAGCGAAUCCGGUGCUGAUGCGCCUUCAUUGCACAAAUUCAUCACGUGUAGAGCAGAGAUCAUGGUGCUUUAAUUUCUCUGAAAUUGAAACUUAAACUGUCUCUGAGAGAAGAAAUGGCGCAGAAAGGAGUCCAGCUGGACCGAGAGAGUUUCUCCUGUUCUGUUUGUCUGGAUCUACUGAAGGAUCCGGUGAUGAUUCCCUGCGGACACAGCUACUGCCUAAAGUGUAUCAAAAACGUCUGGGAUGAAAAGAACAAGAAAGGUGACUACAGCUGUCCUCAGUGCAGGCAGACCUUCACACCAAGGCCUGUCCUGGUGAAGAACAUCAUGUUGGCAGGAUUAACUGAGCAGCUGAAGCUAACUGGACUUGGAGCUUCUCUUACUGAGCAAAGUUAUGCUGGACCUGAAGAUGUGGCCUGUGAUAUUUGUACUGGGAGGAAAGUAAAAGCUAUAAAGUCGUGUUUGAUGUGUUUGGUGUCUUAUUGUGAGAAGCACCUGCAGCCUCAUUACGACGUGGCUCAGUUAAAGAAGCACUGGCUGGUGCAGCCCUCCAAGCAGCUCCAUGACAGCAUCUGCUCCCAUCACGAUGAGGUGAUGAAGAUGUUCUGCCGCACUGACCAGCAGACCAUCUGUUACGUCUGCAUGGUGGAUGAACAUAAAGGUCACGACGUAGUUUCAGCUGCAGCAAAGAGGAAGGAGAAGCAGAAAGAUCUGGAGGUGAAGAGAGGAGAAAUCCAGCAGACAAUCCAAGAUGGAGAGAGAGACAUGAAGCUGCUUCAGCAGGAAGUGGACGCCAUUAAAGUUUCGGCUGAUAAAGCAGUGAAGGAAAAUGAGAAAAUCUUGACUGAGGUAGUUUGUCUUAUCCAGAAAAGAAUCUCUGAAUUGAAGCAGCAGAUCAGAUCUCAGCAGGAAACCGAGGUGAGUCGAGUCAGAGAUCUUCAGGAGAAGCUGGAGCAGGAGAUCACUGUGCUGAAGAGGAAAGACGCUGAGCUGGAACACCUCUCAUACACAGAGGAUGACAUCCAGUUUCUGCAGAAAUACCCCUCACUGUCUGCUGUUAGUGAGWCCAAACACUCAUCCAGCAUCAAUGUUCGUCCUCUGAGGUACUUUGAAGAUGUGACAGCAGCCGUGUCAAAGCUGAGAGAUGAACUGCAGGACAUCCUGAAGGAGAAAUGGACAAACAUCUCACUGAAAGUCCCUGAGGUGGAURUUCUACUGUCAGAACCAGAACCAAGGACCAGAGAUGACUUCCUAMRAUAUUCACAGGAAAUCACCUUGGAUCCAAACACAGCUCAGAUGAACCUCCUGCUGUCUGAGGGGAACAGGAAGGUGACCCUAAUGAAACAAAGUCAGUUCUAUCCCGAUCACCCAGAGAGGUUGUCAGUUAAGUUCCAGAUCCUGAGUAAACAGAGUUUGUCUCGGCGAUGUUACUGGGAGGUGCAGUGGGGAGGACAAGGAGGACGAGGAAGUUAUGUGGCGGUCGCAUACAAGGAUGUCUAUAAAACAGGAUUUGGACAAAAUGAUAAAUCCUGGUCUUUAUUUUGUUGCCCAAACAAUCACCAAUUUUUGCACAACAGCAUCCAAACUCCCAUCCCUGGUUCUGAGUUCUCCAGAGUUGGGGUUUACCUGGACCAACCAGCUGGUACUCUGUCGUUCUACAACGUCUCAGAGAACAUGACUCUGAUCCACAGAGUCCAGACCAGCUUCACUCAGCCGCUCUACGCUGGAAUACAACUGUACUUCCGGUUUGGAGACACAGCCGAGAUCUGUAAACUGAAAUAAUUACAGCUGUAUAAGAAAUUAAUUUAAUGAAGUUAAUUAUGGUUUCUUUGUUGCUCUUCCUUUCCUUUGAUUGAUUUUUUUUUUACAAGUGUGCAUUAUUUUCUACAUUAAAUUUAGUAAAUGAAACUCCUGUCUAGUUAUUUAACAACAUAAUAAAAUUAGUUAUCAGUGGUAACAUCUUUGUAAAUAACCUUAGUUCACUGUUUAAUUACCAGGAUUGAACUGAAAUCCAUGCAGCUGAUUCUGAAUCUGUCUUGUGAAAUGGAUUGAAUUGACUGUAAAUGUAUAAACUGGAAGUGACCCUACAUGACAUUUGUCAAUUAUAUAAACAAACUAAAUUGAAA